AUGAGCCCUUUGGAACAGUUGGAAAGAUCGCUCCUUUGGAAGGUCGAGGGCAAUGAGUUCUUCAAGAAAGGGGAGCUUUUCAAAGCCGCAGACUGCUACUACCACUCAAUUGUUUUUGCAAGAGACCUUACCAAGAAUCCGCAGCACUAUCCGGAGCUCAAGCAUACGCAUCAAGAAAUGACCAAAGCCAAGGAGCUUUGCGAGUCGGUUUUUACUAACUUGGCGCUGGUGCAGCUGAAGUACGGCUGCAGCUUAAGCCCUGAGAACUCCGAACGACACAAGGUUUUUGAAGAGGGGGUGAAAUCGGCCUCACAAGCCUUAAAGCUCAAUGCCAAGAAUGUCAAAGCCCUCUACAGAAGAGCAGCGACAAAUGCAGUUUUGGCUAAAGAUUGCAAGACUAAUUCAGAGGCGCAGGAGAUCUGUGCUGAAGUGAAAUCUGAUUUAGUGAAGGUGAUCGAAGCCGAGCCACAAAACAAGGAGGCUCGGGCCGAGCUGAAAGCAAUUCAGGAGCAUUUAAAGCAGCUCAAGCGUGAAGAGCGAGAAGGUGAGAAGAGGGAAUUCUCCUUCGCAAGCACACUCUCUGGGAUGGGCUUCAAGGAGAAGGACCUGCUGGGAGAUGGCUCUGUUCGCAAGCAGCAGGUCUCCGCCGGAGAUGGUGGCAAAUGGCUCAACAAGGCCAUUCUGUCCCUGUGGGAGCGCUCAGUGAUGCUUCGUAUUCACCUCGCUGUCAAGUCCAUGACCAAGGGCGAGGUCUCAAACUUUACCUUCUCAAGUGAGAGACUCGCUGCAAAAAGUGGCCUCACAAGACUCUUGCCAAAGCUUCAGGAUGUGUGCAAGUGGCAGAUCGAAUUCCAGAAGUUCGUGACUUGGGAAGACCUGGAUCGAAAUGGAGAAAGGCUUCGAAAGAUCCACGAAGAAGGAUACGGGGCCACCUUUGCUGAAGACCUUUCGGAGGUCUUUACACACUGGCGGCUCAUUGGUCCCGACAAUCAGCUGGUGCACUCUACGAGGUACACAGUAAGCUUGGGCAAUGGCCAAGACAUGAAGCAGGUGGAGGAUGAGGACAAAGUGGCUCCCUCCUUCAUCGUUGGAGAAUCGGCGUGGUCUCCUGUAGCAACCCUUUGCCGCUCUUUGCGGCAAGGAGGAGUGGCGGAACUACGUCUCAAGAAUGUGCCGGAACUCCCCAAGGAUCCGAAUGGAGAUGAUGUCUCAGCCAAGCUCUCCCUGAUGAUGAAUCGUGGGUCUACCGCCAAGCUCAGCCAUUGCACAGUCAAAGUGGAACUGGAACGAGUGGUGCCAGCUGUCGCAGGGCCCGAGGAUUCGAGGUGGCAAGGUUCAAGCACCUUGGUCCAGGAGCGCUUCCAUGCAGAGCAGCUUUUGGAGCAAGGAUACGAGCAAGCAGCUCUUGCCAGAUUGCGAAGAGCCAUGCUGCCUUCUAUUCAAGCGAUGGUGUUGAGAGCUGCAUCGGUUCAAGAUGAUGUAGCAGCGGCAAAGACUGCGAUAGGCUGGGCCUUGGCUAGCUGUGCAGCGCCCAUCCUCGACAGUGGCAAUGUGAGCUCAGACGUACUCAAGAUUGCACGGAGAGAUAUGAAAGAGGCGGAGGAGCAUUGCCAAUGGCUUGAAUCGCAUGGCCAUUCAGGUGCUCAUCUUUUGCGCGCCAAGAUCCUGGUGGCCAAUGAUGAUGAUUUCGCCGGGGAUGUUGGCUUCAAUGAUGACUAUGCAUCAAAGGGUCACGAAUUCUUCGAUGUUUGGGCGCCUGAGAUAGCCACUCACUACGGGGAGGUGUUUUGGACAGAUCAGGGAAAUCAGCCCUUGCCGAAGGAGAUCGUGAAGCGUUUUGAGGGCAAGGUCAUGGCAAUUACAGGCUAUGAGAUGGACCAAGUGAUGGUGAAUCCUGUGGGUCAACCAGGUGUAAACCCAAAAGAUGAUGUCUCGGUGCCAAUUAAUUGGGCUUACAACCACCACUACAUGGCGUUCAUGACAGGCACCCAUUCUGAGCUCAAGAAAGUCUUUGCAGCACCAGGAGAUCCAAUGGCCCAUGGGGCCACAACGAAGUGGAUUGCCAUUGACAAGCCAUCCGCAGCUGGCCGCAAGGACACCUCUAUCCCUACUUCCCAAUUCUUCUCUGAAGGAAAUGGCGGAGAAUCUCGAAAGUCAUUCCAUGGGUAUCCAGAUGGAUUUGCCCAGCUGAUUGACUCACCAAAUAUGUGGCAUAUCACUCCGAUGCAAAUUGACACAAGAAACCGUGACUGUGGUGUCACUCCAGUUGACAUCAACAACUGCACAAAGUUUGCCCCUGGACCUGAACCCAAACAGGCAAGAUAUGGGCUGGGAACCCCUGCAGACACGAACUACAGUGGGCUCCUGGAGUGCCCUUGCAAUUCCAGGUAUGGAGGUGAUCCUAUGUUUUACCCGGAAGCCAAGAGCAAGAUCAUUGAGCAUAAGUAUGUACUGGGAUCCGGAGCAUGUAAGAGUGGCCAGGCUGUAGCAGAUGCCUCAAGUUGCUUCACUGGCGCAGAAACGCUUGGACUCAAUGCUUCACACUUCAUCAAUCAAACAUUGUCAGACCCAAAGCUACCCCCUGGUUGUUCCAUUACCAGGCUUGCCAACAACACCAUUGUUGUACGCUUCAACAGUGAUGGGCAAGGGAACUGCAGCUCCUCUAGUAAGCGCUCUGGAGAGGGAACCUCUAGGGUUGGCGUGAAGCUGGCAAUUGAGCUCGACAGCAGCGGCAUGUUCAAGAUGUCUCCUGCUGGACAAUACUGCAGCCAGAAUCGUGCAAACAAAAUCAAGUCAUUCCAAAUGCAAAGCUCCACCUUACAGGCAGCAAAAGAAGCCCGCGAUCAAUGCCAACAGUUCUGCUGGACAAGUUCAGCAUGCUGGGGUUGCAGUGUGGAUUGCGAGACGGAACCAUAUGCCUAUGGUGCUCCCUUUACAGCUUGCCAGUGGAAUGCCGUCACAUCUUGUGGAAAAGUAGAAGCAUGGGCUGGCUCCGUGGAAGGGGAUGUUAGUUGUGAAAAGCAAGAUGGUGGCAGUGCAAAGAUUACCAUGUCUGGCCCCGCCAACGCUUGGUUUGGCGCAGGCUUCAAUGCUUCAGCAAUGGCCGAUAGCCCAUACACGCUUGUGGUGAAUGGCGAUGGAGUGACCGAGCGGAAGAUCGGUACUUGUGGCAGCGAAGCCGAGCAUUGCCCUGGCACUCAGCUUCGUACAAGCGUCAAGGUCGUGUCCAAUUCCGUUGUCAAAGGCAUUCGCACGGUCGUGAUGACCCGCGGCCUAAGCGGAAUUUCCAAGGAUCACUAUUCCUUUGAUCCAUUUUCAGACGAAACCAUAAACUUUAUCACUGCAGUGGGUUCCUCGCAGACAUUUGCCUAUCAUCGGGCACAUGGACCAAUGGAGGUAGCUCUUACCAGUGUUGGCUCCAGCUCUUGCGUUUGUGAUGCUGGCUUGGUUGGACGGCUUUGUGAAUCUGGUGGCACAAACUGCCAUGAAUUUGUGAAAGAUUGUGUGCCCUUUCCUGCUGGCGACUUGGCGGCGCAGAUGAACCCGACCUGCAACGCCCGGCAGUAUUCUGGUGGGCUCAAUUGCUGCCAUCACAAACGCAUCAUGUUGGAUGCCGACCAGGAAAUCCGUCCCGAGCUUUUGCGGUACCAUAUGAAGUUCCGCUUUUGGUUUCAAGAAUACAAAGCCAAGGAUGACAAGACCUCACAUUUUGAUUUGCCUCGGAUAUACUAUCAGACAGAGGCCCAUGCUGGAGAAUACGAUAUCCCUCCAGCCUUUGCAAGGCCAGGACAUCCAAUUGUCGGCUACCCCGACUGGCCCAUCAACAAACCGACACCUGGUACAAGCUGCACUGGAACUUGCCCAGAUGGCCCAGACUGCGAGUGUGUGCACACGAUCACGUACCAUUGGACUGUCAGCAACAUUCGCCUGAUAUAUGCUGGCGGACAUUGCCAUGCUCCCAGCUGCCUGUCGAUUGAGCUCUACCACAACUUGACCGGCACACCAAAGCUCUUGUGUCGUCAGCUCCCCAAGUAUGGCCAGGGUAACUUCCCCAAGGACAAGUGGGAUGAAGCUGGCUAUGUUACUUUGCCUCCAUGCUUGUGGAGUGAUGAGGAUCCCAGUCUAGAAGACACCGUUUGGCUUCCAGCAGACACACCAUUAAUUUCCAUCAAGAAGAACAACAACACCCAUUUGGGACACUUUGGAGAAAUGGCUUCGUGGCAGAUGCGGGGUGCACACAAGCAACUCAUAGAAGCUCAGAAGCAGCUUCCAGAUGACAAACGUGUGCAAGAAGAGUUGCGAAAGGUGAAGAUUGAGUUGCGAAAGGAGGAAGAACAACAAAGCCGGUCAAAGGUGGUUGAGAUCAGAGAUGGAUUGAAGAGGCCACGCAGACCCACAUUCUUCCUGUGA